CCACCCGUGCAGCAGGUCUGGGGAGCGGAGGCAGCCUGGCUAGUAGCGGGUGCGUCGGGGCCAAUGUGCCCUGGGAGAGCAGGGGCCAUGCCCCACCCUGGCUGCCAGUGCCCCAUAGCCCCGCCUAGGGAGAGUGAUGCCAACCCACGUAGGGGAGCAGAGCCCCCUGCGGAUGGGCAGGGGAGGCGAGUGGCAGCCUGUCACGAUGCCCCAUGGGGCAGGGAGGAGACAUCCUGGGGACAUGGAGGUAGAAUGCCAAGCGUUAGCUGGGGUAUACCAGCGCCUGGGCGGAAACGCUCAGGAGGUGAAAUCGCACUCAGCCAGUUGUCCCUGCCCAGUGAUGGCCUAUGGUGGGGUGGGACUGCUGGCUGGGCUGUCUCGGUGCCAGCUGGAUGGGCGAGGGUGUUCUUUAUAGGAUGCUGGGUACAUGUGGCAUGCAACGAUGUCACCAAGAGGUGCUAAAGAAGAACCGGGUGUCACUGGCAAAGCAGCUGGUGUUGAUGGAAUUGCUGGAGCAUCUGAUAGAGAAGGAUGUUAUCACCAUAGAAAUGAUGGAAGCUAUACAGGCUAAGGCUGGGAGCUUCAGCCAAAAUGUAGAGUUACUCAAUCUGCUGCCCAAGAGGGGCCCCACAGCCUUCUCAGCCUUCUGUGAAGCUCUGCGAGAAACCAAACAGCAGCACCUGGAGGAAAUGCUCUUGAACGCCAUACCCAGCCUGAGCAAUGGGAUUUCAAAGUUGGGCCAAGGUUAUGAGUCAAGUGUCCCGUUCCCAGUUCGUGAGUCCUGCUUCUCACCAAAGAGACCACGCCGGAUUCAUGAGCUGAUGGAGCAUUCCUUGGAUAAUGGAGAUGGUCCUCCUUACAUUCCGGUGAAGCCAUGCACCCCAGAAUUCUAUUAUGCUCACCAGCGCUUGUCAUAUAAGUUGAUAUCACAGCCCCGGGGCCUGGCACUUGUGCUCAGCAACAUGCACUUCAGCAGUGAGAAGGACCUGGAGUUCCGUUCAGGUGGAGAUGUGGAUUACACAGCUCUGGAAAUGCUCUUCAAGCACCUUGGCUACAGGGUGACUGUCCUGCACGAUCAAACUGUGCCGGAGAUGCAGGAGGCAUUGCAGAUGUUCUCUCAGCUGCCAGCUCACCGAGAUGUGGAUUCCUGCAUUGUGGCCCUACUCUCGCAUGGCAUCGAGGGUGGGAUCUAUGGAGUUGAUGGCAAGUUACUGCAGUUGCAGGAGAUUUUCAGGCUCUUUGAUAAUGCAAACUGCCCAAAUCUCCAGAACAAGCCCAAAAUGUUCUUCAUUCAGGCCUGUCGUGGAGAUGAUACAGACCGGGGAGUGGAUCAGAGGGAUGGGAAAGAGCGCUCUGACUCUCCAGGCUGCGAGGAGAGUGAUGCCAACAAAGAGGAGAAUCCCAGGCUGCGUUUGCCCACACGUUCUGAUAUGAUCUGUGGCUAUGCCUGUCUGAAAGGCACAGCUGCCAUGCGAAAUACCAAGCGUGGAUCCUGGUAUAUUGAGGCUCUGACCUCUGUGUUUGCUGAGGAUUCUCAAAACAUGCAUGUGGCUGACAUGUUGGUGAAGGUGAAUAGACUGAUCAAGCAGCGAGAAGGCUAUGCCCCUGGCACAGAGUUCCACCGAUGUAAGGAGAUGUCAGAGUACUGUAGCACACUCUGCCAAGACCUUUAUCUGUUCCCUGGCUAUGUUCCUAGGAACUAACCCUGCUGUUCUUGCUCUGAUGGAUGUUCUGACAAAGCUUUAAUGUGGACAGCCACACUUCUACUGCUGUCAGUCUGGGCAUCUGACCGUGCAGCCCACAACAGGAAGUGUCCCUUCAAGAUUGGGUGUUCUUCCUGCUUGUGUGACUCUUACUAACUCCUCUCUGUCUGGGAGAAUCUCACAACUGUUAGUGACCCCCAACUCAGUUCAAGGUUUAAAAUCUUAAUGUUCCACUGGAUUGUCUCAUUUUUAGCUGCUGGGCCAGGUGGAAUCAGUGGGGGAAUCAGGGCAGUGAUGGCAGCACUUUUUGAAUGAAAGGAUACCUUUGGGCAUUGGUAGCCAGGAAUGUGAAAUCAGAAUCAGCCUUUCCUUUUUAAAUUUUGGAAAACUUGGAUCUGUUUCUGUCAGGGUUCCCUCCCCACUCUGAAUGUGGAACUCCAAGUGGUGCUUUCCCUGAUUCUUUGUUAAAUC